AUGGACCAUUCCCUUGGAGCAUUUUAUCGCUCAAAAAAUGACAAUGGCCCCGAACAAGUCAUUUACUACCUCAGCCAGACUAUGAUUGGUACUGAGCAUCGGUACAACCCAGUCGAGAAGGAAUGUUUAGCGUUGGUUUUCGCGAUUCAGAAGAUGCGAAACUACCUCACUGGCCAAUCCAUUCACAAAGUAGUUAAUGGUCAAGCAAUAGUCGAUUUUCUAGCAGAACACCUUAUUCCUGAGUCUUCCAAGCUCUAUGAAGACAUCCUGGAUAAAGUCUUCGAGUCGAAUGCUAUCUCAGAUCAUCAAAUAUGGCAACUCUAUUUUGGCGGUGCAUCACGACGCAACCACAAGGGAGCAAUUGUUGCAGGAGUGGGAGUAGUGUUGAUUGACCCCCAUGGACAUAUCCUCCCUUGGGCCAACUCAUUGACCGAUCCAUGUUCCAACAAUGUAGCCAAGUUUAAUGCUCUUAUAAUUGGCCUUCAACUUGCUCAAGACAUGGGUGUCAAAUAUCUUGAAGCCCACAGCGAUUCUAAACUGGUCGUGAAUCAGAUGAAAGGAGAAUACGAGGUUUACCACAACGACCUCAUGCCUUACCAGAAAGCAGCAACAAAGCUUGCCCAAUCUUUUGAAGGCUUCUACAUUAGCUACGUAGCUCGCCUCGAGAAUACCCAUGUGGAUGAUUUAGCAUCCCUCGCAGCCACACUCGCCAUGACACCUAAAUCCUCUAGGCAUAUCAUAGUAGCUAGUCGUUAA